CUUGCCUCAAGAAAAAUCUGCAGUGCUCAUAUCACUGCAUUCCGCAGGAAUAAUCACCCCAAAAGUAAUAUAUUAGGAACAAAUUCACACAAAGUGUUGAUUCCUUCAACUAUUUGAAGGCAAAAACAACUCUCAAAAAGCGUUAAACAAUCAAAAUUCAAGACAAAGGAUUUCAAAAAAUGGCGUGCAGGAGCGUGUUCAGAACUGUCUUCUUAACAGAGUCAUGGCGGCCUUUGCCGUAUAAAAGCAAAGUAUCCAUUUUUACACCAUCCCACAAAAUAUCAACACUCGAUUCCUAUUAUGGCUGCAAAUUUACCAAAGUUAGAUGUAACUUGCACUUCGCAAGAAGGACUCGGCCUUUGAAUUCUUCGCACAAUGAAUACCCAUCUUCAUCUGAUGAUGAUAAUGAGCAAGGCCCGCCUCAAGAAGCCGUUCUAAAGGCCAUUUCAGAAGUUUCAAAAAAAGAAGGAAGGGUGGGACAAACAACAAAUGUGGUUAUUGGAGGUACAGUGACAGAUGAUUCGACAAAUGAGUGGCUUGCUCUGGAUCAGAAGGUAAACUCCUAUCCAACUGUUAGAGGUUUUACAGCAAUUGGCACUGGAGGUGAAGAUUUUGUACAAGCCAUGGUGGUUGCUGUUGAAUCAGUACUUGAGCACACAAUCCCAGAAGGCCAAGUGAAACACAGAGUAUCGUCAGGUGGCAAAUACGUAUCCGUGAACAUUGGACCUGUUCAAGUAGUUUCUAGUGAGCAGGUCCAAGCAGUAUACAACGCUAUGAGAAGAGAUGACAGGAUGAAAUACUUUUUGUAGAACUAUUGAAUUUUCCACCGAAGGCUAAUCAACUCGAGCAUCAUGUUAGCACUUUACUUUUAUCUUGUUUAUUUCACAUUUUUUAUAUUGAAAUUUGUAUUUAAUUUUCUUUACUUUAGUGCAAUACCGGUGUAGGCUUAGUAGGUUGGAUUGAGCCUGAAGAACCUUGUGCAUUAACCAACUUAAGGUAUCUUACUAAGUAAAUUUCUCAGUUGCUAAUUCACCAA